CAUGCGGUCGGCAAGGAAGACUGGAAUGUAAGCGGUAUGUAUGGCCCAGCAACGCGAACAUAUCACAAACAGCCCCGGGUCGGGCACUCUGGUGAGACUUGCCGAGGAUCGAGCGUGCGCACAAGGUACGGUCGAGGAUGCAGUCUUGUGUUUCCAUGGUCUGAAGUAUAGGCUUGUUGCAGCGCUACGCUCCCUCCUGCCAUCUGCGAUUUAUGUAGCCCAGCAUAUGGCUGCAGAAAGAAACGAUCCUGCUACCGUGGGAAAGACUGUAUGGACGAGCCUCGCCCGUUUUCUCACAGGGAGUUGGAGCAGGGGUAAGGACGGAGCAUGUAGGCAUCUCAGCACAUGCUAUUGCAUCAGCACUCGCACGCAGAUGAUGUUGAAGAACGGACAGCAAGCUCCUCACACUCAUGUUGGGUCACAGAACGCUGCGUUGCCACGCGCCCAAGCACUCUCAAGGGUAUGAGAAGUUCCACUGGC